CACGUGGUGCCCGGAGUGGGCGGUGGUGGGGAGACUUUUUGAGUGCUCGGGAUCGCCCCGACUUCUUCAGUCUGCCUACUUGGUGCCUUCAGGAGUUGCUCCGCGGGCUGGGCUGGUUCGGGGACCUGCAUUCGGGGACGCCGGCGCGGGCGAUGCGGGCGCCGCCAGUGGCACCUGAAGCUUCUUUGGGCAGCGGCUCGGGCCCCAGCAGCCUGGGCUGUAGCCACAGCCGCCGCGGCCACCGCAGCCUCUGAUGCUCCUGCCCGCGGCUCCGGGAGGAUGUGGCUCCUCGGCCUCGCAGCAACUUUUUGCGGAUUGUUCUGGCGUCCAGGCUUUGCUCUACAAAUCCAGUGUUAUCAAUGUGAAGAAUUCCAGCUAAACAACGACUGUUCCUCCCCGGAGUUCAUCGUUAAUUGCACGGUGAAUGUUCAAGACAUGUGUCAGAAAGAAGUGAUGGAGCAAAGCACAGGAAUCAUGUACCGCAAGUCAUGUGCAUCAUCAGCAGCCUGCCUCAUCGCCUCUGCUGGGUACCAAUCCUUCUGCUCCCCUGGGAAACUGAACUCAGUGUGCAUCAGCUGCUGCAAUACUCCACUUUGCAAUGGGCCACGACCCAAGAAAAGAAGUAGUUCGGCCUCUGCCCUGCAACCAGGACACCUGCUCCUGAUCCUACUCCUCAAAUCAGCACUCUUCUUAGUGCACUGCUGAAGCUGAUGGGGAUAGCAGCCCUCCCCCACAUUUUUCUUUUUCUGGCUCCCCAUUGUCCAAGAUUUCUUGGGAUUCUGAGGAGUCUGUGGUCCCACACCUUUAGUUCCUUUGCAAAUACUGAAAGAGCUCCGUGUGUGCAGAAAUACUGUGUAAGCUGAGUUCAGGCAAAGGGCAUCUUCAGGGUUUACUUACAAAAUGAGGCUAAAGUUAACCCCACUCUCUGUGACCAGAGGUAAGGCCAAGCUGGCAGACUCAGCUUUUAGAAGACCCUGAAGUGAACCUUUGCCUAGGCCCCUUACUCCUACCAUGA